CCGGUAUCGGUGAAGAAGAACACUUCCGUCAAAUUCAUAACAUCAAACUACCGCUUUCAGAAAGCGCUUAUGGGUUAAAUGCGCUUUAUUUUUGUUCCUAUUAUAGCUUUACUGUUGAAAAUGUCUUAUUUAUAGCUAUAAUAAACUAAAAGGUAAUAGCUUGUCUUAUAAACGGCUCACAGCGUGUCCUGCACUUGCAUGUGGACCAUCAUCAUGCCUCCGUGGGUUCAACAAGCUAGCAGAAAGUGUCUUCAGCACACUUGGGUUUCCCGGGGAGGGUUUCGGUGUUUAACCGUGGCCAAGAAAAGACGAAAUGACGUGCAGCAGCAUCCCGCCGUCAGCCGAAGUUGCUCCACGGUCCAGAGCGAUGUGAGAGUCCGGUUUGCCCCCAGUCCCACAGGCUUCUUACACCUUGGAGGUCUACGGACAGCCCUCUACAAUUAUAUUUUUGCAAAAAAGCAUGGAGGCGCUUUUGUUCUGAGGCUGGAGGACACAGAUCAGAACAGACUGGUACCAGGAGCAGCAGAUUCCAUAGAGGACAUGCUGGAGUGGGCCGGCAUACCUCCUGAUGAGAGCCCCCGGCGCGGGGGUCCCCUGGGUCCCUACAUGCAGUCCCAGAGAUUAGACCUUUACAGCAAAACAGCUCAACAGCUUGUGGAGAGCCGACACGCCUACUAUUGUUUCUGUAGUCCUCAGAGACUCGAGCUGCUGAAGAAAGAAGCUUUAAGGGUUGGGCAGACACCAAGGUAUGACAACAGGUGUCGCCACUUGCAAGCUGAGCAGGUCCAGGAGAAGCUGGCUCAGGGACAGCCUCAUGUAAUCAGGUUUCGUUUGGAAGAGGGCGUUGAACCUUUUCAGGAUCUGAUAUUUGGAUGGAAUCGCCAUGAAGUAGCACAGGUGGAGGGGGACCCUGUAGUCAUGAAGGCAGACGGUUUCCCCACAUACCACCUUGCAAACAUAGUAGACGACCACUAUAUGAAGAUCAGCCACGUACUGCGGGGGUCUGAGUGGCUCAUCUCGACCUCCAAACACCUGCUGAUGUAUCACGCUCUCGGGUGGCAGCCGCCGACGUUCGGACAUCUGCCACUUUUGAUGAACAAAGACGGCAGCAAACUGUCCAAGAGACAGGGAGACAUUUUUAUUGAAAACUUCAGGAGGGACGGGGUCCUGCCGGAGGCUCUGCUGGACAUCACCACUAACUGUGGAUCUGGCUUCACCACCAAUCGAAUGGGGCGGAGGAUAGAGGAACUUAUUUCUGAGUUUAAUCCUUCAAAGAUCACAACUCAUUCUGCACUGAUGGACCUGGAGAAACUACCAGAGUUUAAUAGGAUCCACCUGCAGAAACGAAUAGAAAAUGAGGAGCAGUGUCAUUUGCUGGUAAAAGAGCUCAGGGAAGAAAUCCUGCAAGCCUACACCACAGAGAUCCAGGACAGAGAAGUGCUGCUUGAGGACUACAUCAAACGUGUGCUACAACUCCGGAAGGGUCACAUAACCUCCCUGAAGGAGCUCCUUCAACCCACCUACUCCUAUCUGUGGGUGCGUCCUUCUUUCUCCAGCCAGCAGGUGGCAGCACUCACCUCAGAGGCUCAUCUCAUUGCUUCAUUAGUGCUGAAGUUAAUAGAGGAGCAGAAGGAGAAGCUUUCUGUGGAGGAACUCAAUAAAGACCUGAAGAUGCUGGCUAAGAAGACUGAAGCCACUAAGUACAGAGAUGUGAUGAAGUUGUUGCGUCUGACCAUGAGCGGUUUGCAGCAAGGCCCAAGUGUUGCAGAGAUGAUGGUUUCUCUGAGUCCUGCAGAGGUCAGCCAUCGAUUCCAGAAGCUUCUGCAUCUCACAGACAGCUGUUAAAGACACAGAAGCUGGAGCCACAAGACCUCGUCGGAUCUGGAUCAUAUUAAAACAUGAAUAUCUUUAGUCACCCAUGAGAAUGUUUUUUUUUUUAAUUAAAUUAUUGCAAAUGUUUUAUAAAAAAGUUUGAAAAAAUA